AUGUCUAAUUUUGGUGUUAAUUUAAUUGAUUUAAAAACUGGUGAAAAUUAUGAAAAUUUACCAUAUGAAACGGAUAGCUAUUCAUUAAUAAUUAUAAAUACAAUAACUGAUUUAAUACCGGAUAUGGAAUAUUUAUUAAGAAUUUCAUAUCGUGGUGAAUUAACGGAUGAAAAUAAUGGUUUUUAUAAAACAUAUUAUUUAAAUAAUUUUGGUGAAAAAGUGUGGGUGGCGGCAACUCAAUUUCAACCGUUCUAUGCACGAAAAGCUUUUCCAUGUUAUGAUGAACCGGAAUUCAAGGCUAAGUUCACUAUUGCAUUGACUCAUGGUACAAAUUAUACGGUCUUAUCAAAUAUGCGUGCAGAACCUAUGCCAGAUGAAAAUGGGAAUUCUUUAAAAACAACAAGAUUUCCUCAAACACCACCGAUGUCAACGUACACAUUGGCAUUUAUUGUAUCAAACUAUGAGAGUAUUUUAAAAGCGUCUAGCCGUAAAUUACAUUUUAUUUAUAUGAUGCCAACAUCAAGAUCAUUAUCGAAUCGAAUUGAAUUUAAUAGUAAUAAUAAUAAUAACAACAUUGAUAAUGAUGAUACUGAUGAUGAAAAUGGAAGUGAUGAUAAAAUUUCGGGUGAAAAUUAUAUUGAUGAAAAUAUUGAUGUUUAUAAUGAUUUAAAAAAUGCAAACAGCUGGCAAUUUUCAAUGAAUAUUUCAAUUAAAUGUUUAGAAAAUUUAAAUGAUUAUUUUAAUUCAUAUUCAAUGAUACCAUAUCCAUUAGAUAAAAUUGAACAUAUUAGUUUACCAGGUGAAUAUGGAAUUGGUCAUGCAAGUUGGGGACUAUUAACACAUAAUUUUGAAAAUUUAUUCGAUCCAAAUUUAAAACAAUUUACUGGACAUAUAAAUGACUAUCAUGAUGAUUUUAGAAAAUUAAGAUCUUUAAUGGUUAUGAGUCAAAAAUUAGUUCAUCAGUGGUUCGGUAAUUUGGUGACACCAAAAUGGUGGAAUAAUAAUUGGAUAAUUCAAGGGUUUUCAAUAUUUUACUCCUACAUUAUUGCAAAUCAGACUUUUCCUAACUGGCAUUUAAAUGAAUUUUUAAUUUUUGAUAUGGUUGAUGCUGGAUAUUAUUUAUGGGAUGAAACUGAUGAGCCACUAGCUGGCACAAUUAAAAAUGAAGCUGAGAUUUUAUCAACUUUCGAAAGACCUUAUUUCUAUAAAGCUGCAAACAUAUUGAGAAUGUUUUAUCACGCAAUUACGCCAAACGCUUUCCAUCAAGGUGUAUCAACAUUUUUGAAACAUAUGGAGUAUUCUGCAGUUGAUGAACAGGACUUUUUCAAAUAUUUACAAAUGGCAUCCAGAAAUUUAUCGAUACCAUUUUUUAAAGAUGAUAAUGCAGUAUCAAAAUCUUUUGAAACAUGGAUACAUCGUUCCGGUUUUCCAAUAUUAACAGUAACAAGAAAAUAUGAUUCGAGUUCUUUUACUAUACAACAAGAAUCAAAUACACAAGAAUUCCAAAAUUUAUGGUGGAUACCAAUGAAUUUUGUUACAGCAGCUGAACCAGAAUUUAAGGAUACCAAAGUUGAAUUUAUUUUACCAAAAAUACAUAGUGCAACUAUUGAUCCAGCAAUAGGAAAAUUAAAAAUAAUGCCAAGUGAUUGGUUAUUACUUAACAAUCAACAAACAGGCUACUAUAUCGUUAACUAUGAUAAUGAUAAUUGGCGUCUGUUAUCAAUAGCAUUAUUGGAUAAUCCAUCAAUACUACAUGAUCAUAAUAAAGUACAAAUAUUUCGAGAUUUAAGUAUUUUAUCGGAAAAAGAAAUUUUACCAAUUGGUAUUGUUAUGGAAAUGUUACGAUAUUUAAAACGAGAACGAAGUUUAACAGCAUGGAACGGUGCUACAUUUUUAAUAGAGAAUUUAAAUUGGAAAUUACAAGGACGAAAUGUAGCAAUUGAUUUUCAUAGUUAUAUUAAAGAAUUAAUUGAACCAAUGUUUAAAAGUUUAGAUUUUUAUAGUGAAAAUGAUAUUCCAUAUAACAGAUAUGUUAAUGAAAAUUUACAAAUUCAACCAAGUUAUUUACGUAGACCAAUAUUAUGUACAAAUUUAAAAUUUUCAAAUAUUGAUCGUUUUCGUAAAGUUUAUGAAAAACUACUUGAAAUCAAAGAUCUAAACGAAAGAGAUGAUUUAUUGUAUGCAUUAAGUUGUUCCUUUAAAAUUGAAUUAAGUGAAUACUUUAUUGAAUCUAUUUCUACUGCAAACAUUGAAAAUUUUACUCAAAUUGAAAGAUCAACAGCAAUUUAUUAUAGUUAUUUCAAUAAUAAAAUUAAUCGUCCAACAAUAUUACCAAUUUUAAGUAAAAAUUUUCUUAAAUAUAUUCGUUUACCAUCGGAUUUAUUAAAAAUUUUUCAUCAAAAAUCAUGGUAUUAUCAUGGCAGUGAAAGUCAAAGAAUAAUCAGAGAUUCAAAUCAAUUGUUAUCACAAAUGAUUGGAUUACGCUUAAUAGUCUUAUUAUUAUUAAUUUAUUAUACUCAAAUAAUAUGUGGUGGGAAUACAUUUUUUACGCCGCGUUGUAUGGGUCCGUAUCGUGAUGAAAAUAGUGAAAUAUUAAAUUUACGUUUACCAAAUGAUACAAAACCAAUUAGUUAUAAUAUUAGUUUAUCAAUUGAUGAUAUUAAUAGAAAAUUUAUUGGUACAAAUUUUUUAAUUAUUUUUUCUGAAAAUGAAAAAUUUCAAUUUGAAAAAAAUAAAAAAUAUUUAUUAAGUGUUAAAUAUGAAGGUUCAAUUGAUGAAAAAUAUGCAAGAGGAAUUUAUAUAUCGAAAUCUAGUGAUAAUAUACCAAUUAUUACGACGCAAUUUGAGCCAACAUUUGCAAGAAGAGCAUUUCCAUGCUAUGAUGAGCCUCAAUAUAAAGCAAGAUUUCAAAUAACGAUAAGUCAUUCGAGUUUAUAUUCAGCUUUAUCAAAUAUGCCGUUAGAUGGAGAACCAGUUGAAACAACAAUAGCAGAACAAAACAGUGAUGAAAAUGAUAUUAAUAUGAUGAAUGAAACAAUUAUAACUGAACCUCUAAUAACAAUAGUAACGACGAAAUUUCAACAGACUCCAUUAAUGUCAACUUAUAUUCUUGCUUUUAUAUUACAUAAUUAUCAUAGUGUAUCACUUACAGUAAAUAACGUAACCCAUAGCGUUUAUUAUAAGAAUGCUUUACAAAUAGAUCAUGCACGUUAUACUGUCAAUAAAUCAGUUGAACUUUUAUCAGCUAUGGAAAAUUAUUUUCAAAUAAAUUAUCCAUUAUCAAAAUUAGAUCAUAUUGGAGUACCAACAACAUUUGGACAUGCUAUGGAAAAUUGGGGUUUAAUUAUAUAUCGUUAUGAUACUUAUCUAAUGGAUCCAACAUGUAGUACAAUUAAAAAUUUAAGAACAAUAGUAUCUGUAACACAUGAAAUGGUACAUCAAUGGUUUGGUAAUUUAGUAUCACCAAAAUGGUGGUCAUAUAUUUGGUUGAACGAAGGUUUUGCAACAUAUUAUAGCUAUGUUAUAAUGAGAAAGGUAUUCCCUGAUUGUGUUCACGAUCAUUUCUAUUAUUUUGAUUCCUUAAAUAUUGCAUUUGGAGCUCUCUGUAAGAGACCGUUGACAACAGAUUUGGUUGAAGAAAUCGACAUAAUGAGUGCCUUUGAUCAUAUAUCGUAUCAUAGAGGUGCUGCGAUUAUUCGAAUGUUGAACGAUGCAUUAACAGAAAAAACUUUUCAAAGAGGAAUUUACAAUUAUCUUGAUAAAUAUAAAUACGAUUCAGUUGAUGAAAAUGAUCUCUUUCAAUGUUUAGAAGAAGUUGCUAUUAAAGAUGAUCGAAAAUAUUUUAAUAAAAUUGGUUUCCUAACUGAAUACAUUAAAACAUGGACAAAUAAUCGAGGUUAUCCAGAAGUUGUUAUUGAAAGAAAUUAUACAACAAAUGAAUUGAAAAUUCAACAAUAUCCAAUUUCAAUGAAUUUUGAAAAAGAUUGGUAUAUUCCAAUUUCAAUUGUGACAUCAGUAAUGCCACAUCAAGAAGCUAUACCAUUAGAAUAUCAAGGAUAUCAAAUUGAUUUUAUUGUACCGCCAAUUAGAAAUUUUACAUUAAAUUUAAAUAAUAUAAAAUCAACACAAAAUUUAACUGCUAAUGAUUGGUUAAUUGUUAAUAAUAAAGUAUCGGGAUUAUAUAAUGUUUAUUAUGAUGUAGAAAAUUGGAAAUUGAUUGCAAAUGCUUUAAAAAAGAAUCCAAAUAAUUUUGAUGUAUUAAAUCGUAUUCAAAUAUUACGUGAUUUAUUUACAUCAUUUAAUCGAUACGAAAAACAUUUAGAAUUAUUUUUCGAUACUUUAUCGUAUUUAAAAUAUGAAACAGAAAUUUUACCAUGGUAUGAAAUCAUUGAAAGUCUUCAGGCACUUGAAAGUAAUUUCUCAUGGUGUGAAAUAUAUCCGAAAUUUAAAAAUUUUCUACAUGAUAUUUUGAAACCAAUAACAAAAGUUAUAUUAAAUGAAGAAUAUAGAAAUAAAUCGAUGAUUGAUAAUCAAGGAAAUUCUACAGUAACAUUUAUGAAAUUAGAUUCAUUAAGGGAUAUUCUUAAAUUAUCCUGUGAUGUUAAUAUUGAAGAAUGUUUAAUACAUUCAUAUCAGGAGUUAAAAUGUGUUUUAAAUCGUAAUGAAGAUUUUAUUGAUUGCUUUAAUGAUUUUGAAUAUAGUUUAUGUGGUGGAAUUAAAAAACUUACAAUUGAAGAAUUUCAAGUUAUUCUUGAAAGAAUAUUGGUAAUUGAAAAUGUUGGCGAUAUGUUUUAUAUAACUGAAUUAUUUAAAUGUUCCGAUAAUCCUGAUCAUAUAAAUUUAUUUUUAAAUUCAAUACUAGAUUUAUUAAAUAAUAAUGAUGUGGAGAAUAAAAGAAUUUUAUAUCAAAGUAUAUAUGAAAUUGGAAAAUCUAGUAAAUUUAAUAUGAAAAUUACAAUGGAAUUUAUUUUAAAAAAUUUAGCUGAUUUACAAAAAAAUCCAUUUGUAUUAAAAAAACUUUUAGAAAGAUUACAAUUUGAUGAUAUUACUGAUGAAUUUAAAAUUUUGCGCAAAAGAAUUUUAAGUGAACUUGAAGUGGAAAAUAAUGAUGAUAAUUUUGGUUCAACUGAUUCCGAUAAUAUUGACAUAAUGUCACUUUUGAGUCGAAGAUUUUUAACGAAAUGUGGUAAAGCAACCGAUUGGCUUAACAAUUAUAGAAGUGAAUCGGACAAUAUUGUAUCGAAUACUAUACUAAGUUUAUAGGAAUUUAAUUUUUAAAUUUUAAUUAUCAAAUAAGAAAAUAAAAUUAAUGUACAAGUAAAUUAAAUUAUAGAAA